AAUCAUCCGCAGUAUCAGGGUAGGUAGCACGGCUAAGCCCCGCCCCCUGUCCUCUGGCUGAGCAGACGUGAGUUUGGCUGCACGGUUACACGCAUUAUUGAAUGAAAGUCAGUGUAGCAGGUUGUGGCCACCGGUGACUGAGGAUAUCCGCACGGGCAGGUGAGACGCUACACUUCGGGGGCGGACAACCAGAGCACGGGGCCGGGGCCCGCAGCUGUACGUUAGCGCGGAGCCGGUUUUUGGGAGAAACGUGUCAGCUAUAAAGGAGGUACUUCCGUGCAGGAACACGGACUCUGUGCUGCGGGGUUUACCCACUGUCUGCGGCCAGGACCCGGCUGUGUGUGUGUGGCGAUGCAGCGGCUCACGGCGCCUCUCGUCGCCGGGCUGUUGGCUACGGUGCUGUCGCUGCUUUCACGGCAGUGCUGGGCGGACGGCGGUGGUCCCAGCCUCACCGAGCGGGUCAUCUGGGCGGUGAACGCCGGCGGAGACGCACACAUAGACGUGCACGGAAUUCAGUUCAAGAAGGACCCGUUGGAAGGAAAAGUCGGUAAAGCCUCUGAUUACGGGGUGCGUAUUCCGAUCCUGCGCUCCAGUCCGGAGGACCAGAUCCUGUACCAGACGGAGCGCUACAGCGAGGACACGUUUGGAUAUGACGUCCCCAUCAGAGACGAGGGAGACUACAUACUGGUUCUGAAGUUUGCGGAGGUGUACUUCGCUCAGUCGCAGCAAAAGGUGUUCGACGUGCGUCUGAACGGACACGUGGUGGUGAAGGACCUGGACAUCUUUGAUCGCGUGGGUCACAGCACGGCCCACGACGAGACGGUGCCGUUCUCUAUCCGACGGGGGAAGCUGAGCGUGCAAGGGGAGGUGUCUACGUUCAACGGCAAGCUCACCGUGGAGUUCGUUAAGGGUUACUAUGACAACCCCAAGGUCUGCGCCCUCUAUGUCAUGAAGGGAACAUUAGAAGAUGUGCCAAAACUUCAACCUCACCCGGGUCUGGAGAAGCACGAGGAAGAGGAGGAAGAAGAGGAGGACAACGAAGGAGGCGAGGACAGCGGCAAGAAAAAAGUACCCCCAGGUUCUAAGUACAGGGUCCAGUCAGGCCCCCGAACACCGAACCCGUACGCCGCCGACAACAGCAGCCUCAUGUUCCCCAUCUUGGUGUCGUUCGGGGUCUUCAUCCCCACGCUCUUCUGCCUCUGUCGACUGUGAGGCGGGACGCCGGCAGGGACACGUAACACAAUAGCAACAACGAAAAAAAAGAAAAGAAAAAAAAAAAGAGAAAAGCACAGAUUGUGAAUCGGAAACUUUUGGAAGGUGACGACGAGAGAAAAGUGACAAC